AUGAGUAAGAAUUUAAAAUCACAAUGCAAAAUAAAAAAUAUAAAAUUUCAAGCUGCUGAAAAGAAAAAAGGCAGUGUAAAAAAGGACAAACGUUCACGAUCAUCGUCAAAUUCUCGAGGAAACAAGUCAAAAAACGGGAAUUCAAAAGAAAGAAAACCGGAUAGAAAAGAAACAAAAACAAAGUCAAAAAUGUCGGAUCGAUCGAAAUCUUCUCAACAAAAAUCAGUGACAAAAGGGUUGAGCCCUCCGAAAAGUAGAAAAUCCUCUUAUCAUAAAUCAGUGAAACGAGAUGUCGAACCAUCGAAAAACAAGAAGUCGUCACUUCAAAGUCUUCCGACGGAACCUUCCGAUCACGAGAUGGAUCAAACUCAAUGGGAAUUUUCUCGAUACAAAGAUGAAGCGGUUGGAAUUGUAAACGAAGAUCCAAAUGUUUAUGUGGCUGAUAAAGUUGGAGAAGGAACUCCAUUUCUGGCAGAGCAAAAACAAAAAAUGAUGAUUCGAGGAGAGCACUUGAAUGACAAGCCAAUUUACACACUAUUUUUUCUAUUUAUCGAAAUUAUUCUGGCUCUGACAGUUUUGAUUGCUUGGAGUUUCUUUCUUGGAGAAAAUGAAACGAUUCCGAUCAUUCUCUGCUACACAAACGUCAUCAUCAUUCUGAUUGUUCUCGUCAUUGUAUUCGUUAUCCAGUUUGGAAGGUUCAAUGUUAUCUGCCUCUUCCACAUGCUCCGGUUCUUCCUAAUCUGCUCCAAUAUAACCAUCGGUGCUCUGGAUAACAACUUUGAUGGAGGUGUCAUUUGCAUCGUAUCCGCCAUGCCGGUCAUGCUCAUUUUAUCUGCAGGACACGUGUUCUUUGCGUUGAGACCUCAAGGUUGA